AUCACUCUCUCCAGAUGAGCCACGAGUGUUUGCUCGCAGACAAAGAAAGGCUUCCACACUGUGGGUAAAGCAGGAAAGAGUGUCAAUAGCCAGAGCGGACCUGCUUUGGAAGCAGCGGCACGCCAAGCAUGUCUCGUCUUGAGCUCUUGUCCAGCGGCCAAUUGCGCAUAGAUGGACGCCGCCCACUAGAGCUUCGUUCACUGGCAUUUCAUAUCUCUCCAUUGUCACUCCGGCAAGCAGGAGCGGAUGGCAGCGCGAUAGUUUCCCAUGGGCUGACCACCGUCAGGGCCAGCGUGUAUGGGCCGCGGCAACGUUUAGCAGAGACAGGUGGCGCGCAGCAGCAAGGUGGCCAGGCUGGCCUUGGCGGUUCAGAAGCGAAGCUGGAAAUUGAAGUCGAAAUGCCUGCGUGGGCAGGGUCCGAUCGACGCAAGAGAGGGAAAGGGGAUCGUCAAAUAUUAAACCUUGCGUCCUCUUUGCAAUCCGCUUUCUCCCCUUGCAUCCUCCUUCACCUAUAUCCGCGCUCGCAAAUACGCGUCUACAUCACCAUCAACUCGGCAGACGGUUCUCUCUUCUCGAGCUGCGUGAAUGCCGUCAGUCUCGCUCUAAUUGAUGCAGGGAUAUCCAUGCUCGAGCCGCUCGUCGCCGUCAGCGUCGGCUUCUAUGCUGGUGGAGGUAGUAGCGGGACGAGUGGCGACUUGGAAGAAGAUGGUAGUCCCGGUGGGAUACUGCUGCUCGACUUGAAUGGCACCGAGGAGUCUUCCUUGCCUAGCACCACCCUUGGUAUCAUGCCGCGCAGCGGAACAAUCUCGCUGCUCGAGCUGGAGACGCGAUUACAUCUCGAUCGGCUAAAGCAAGCGAUACAACUGGGGGUAGAGGCAUGUGUGGUGCUCAAGGCAGAAAUGGACCGCGUCAUAAAGGCACGGACGCGCAGGCUCGCCACAGCAUUGGGAGGAAGGGGAAUACCGAAGAGCGCUGGCGACGUUGUGGAAAACGAGCAUGUCCCGGAUGAUGUCGAGGGGUUCGAACGGGAGCUUAUGGAUGAGUCAUGAGGCUAGCGAUCGCGCUAAGGACCAUGACCUCAUUGUAUUCUAUUAAUGUAGCAUUACACAACACUGUCACC